GACCCUUUCGAGGACACAUACCCGUUUUUCUCAGUCUCCGCAGUAACUGGGGAAGGAAUGAACGAUCUGAUUGGGUUCCUAAAUCGAUUAGCUCGCGCAUCAUGCAUGUCAAAUCGACCUGCCUCCCGAUCAUUGUGCAUUGACGAGGGAACCAAUAACAUGGGCACUGUUGAUUAUCCGAUCGGAAUGAAGAACGGUCAAUGGAUCGAGGAAAAAUUCUUAAGAGCGGCAGCGCUUCAGUCAUUGAAACUUUCUGACAUUAGUGUGAUGCAACCGACCAUGUGUUUCGGGAUCUGCGAGGUAUUUCCCAAUGUACCAGGUGUGCGCGACCCAGUGGUGUUCGGCACUUUACAAUCAGGCCAACUCAUGGAUACCCAUUUAGCCUUUCUUGGCCCUGAUACAGAGGGUUAUUUUCAUCUGGUACGGAUCGCUAGUCUGAAGCACAACCGACAACCGCACCAGGUAGUCUAUGCUGGUCAGACAGCUUCUGUGGCUAUCCGAUUCCAGGCCUCAUCCGUGCCCGGUUCACCAUCCCCAAACACGCGUCCGAAAGCAGACAAUCUAUUCCUACUGGAGAACGAUGAAAACUCACCGAAUCACAACCAAUUGUCUAAUAACCACAAGCAAUCGCACCUAUCCACCAUGAUUCGACGUGGAAUGAUGCUGAUUUCCCAUGCCUCUUGGUCGGACGCACCGAUCAAUUCCCUGGAUAUCCCGUGUAAAUUGACCCACAUGGCAAACUCCGAUCGCCUGAUUGCUGUGGCAUGGACAUUCCGUUUGGAAGUGCGUUUUCGUUUGUCCGUAUUCACCCAUUCGAACGCGUCUGCGCCCAUGCAACCUCCACUGCCGGUGCAAAAUCAGCGUGUCAAUGUGUAUGCGGGUUGUGUAGCGCAAGCCGCCGUGGUUGUCGAGGCCGAGGAUGUUAUACAGAACACUCCGGAGCCGGAGGCUCAAAAAGGUGGCGAGAAAAAUCAGUCAUCGCAGAACGAGGGAACCCUGUUGAUCCGCUUUACCCGUCAUCCGGAAUAUCUGGAGGUUGGUCGUCGCGUCAUCCUGACUUGGGCUGGUUACGCUAAAGCGAUUGGCUACGUGCGGUCAUUGCACGAGUUAUGCACUCCGGAUUCGGAUGCACAAAAUGCUUGUAUGCUCCAACCGGAUGGUCGACUAACAACCACAAACACGACCGAUCCCCCUAGUCCCGACUUCGAACGGUACACUAGUCCGACGCCCAUGCCGAUACCAUCCCACUUCGCCAUGAUCGAUCAAAUGUCAUUUUUCCUGUCUGAAUCGGAGUGCGAUAAUGAUGCGGAAUUGAAAUCUGCUUGUUGGAGCAUGCUCAGCUCAUCGUUGGGCUGUCAUUCCGGGAUGCGCAAACACUCAAAACGUUAUUCCAAUUCAAUAUUGUCCGCGACGAUUCCAUCUACGGAUGUUUCACAGCACGCUGUUCAGUCGGAUGUGAUUCCUUCUAAACCGAUUAAUGCGGAUCAGUCGGAGGUGGAUCAUUCACUCGGUGAAAAUCCAGACCAUACGCAGAAUAGCGAAUCUGUCUCGUCUUCCAAAUGCUCAUCCCGUAAACGAGGCCCUCAUCGGCGCAGACGUCGUCGGAAACGUCGCGGAUAA